AUGAUUGUGCUUGUGAUUGUCCUGUGCAUCACGGAUGGAGUGCUCUCUCAGAUACGCUACUCUGUGCCGGAGGAGGCGGACCAUGGCACCUUGGUGGGGAAUAUCGCCGAAGACCUGGGGCUGGACCUUACCAAACUGGCUUCUCGCCGCUUCCAGGUGGUGCCCAGCUCUCGCUCACCGUACCUGGAGGUGAACCUGGAGAACGGCGUCCUGUUUGUGAACGAGAAAAUCGACCGGGAGCAAAUCUGCAAACAGAGCGCCAGCUGCCAGCUCAACAUGGAGGUGUUCCUGGAGAACCCGCUGGAGCUGUUUCGGGUCGAAAUUGAGGUGGUGGACAUUAACGACAACCCACCCAGCUUCCCGGAGACAGACAUCACGGUGGAGAUCUCAGAGAGCGCUACUCCGGGAACUCGUUUCCCUCUGGAGAGCGCGUUCGACCCGGACGUGGGCUCUAACGCUUUACGCACGUACGAUAUCACGACUAACAACUACUUUUACCUGGACGUGCAGACUCAAACAGACGGAAACAAGUUCGCGGAGCUGGUGCUGGAGAAGCCGCUGGACCGGGAGCAGCAGGCGGCGCACAGGUACGUGCUGACCGCGGUGGACGGCGGUCAGCCUCCACGGACUGGCACCGCGCUGCUGGUGGUUAAAGUGCUGGACUCUAAUGAUAAUGUGCCGGUGUUUGAUCAGCCCGUCUACACAGUGAGCCUCUCGGAGAACGCACCGGUGGGCACGCUGGUCAUCCAGCUGAACGCCACCGACCUGGACGAGGGACUAAACGGGGAGAUAGUUUAUUCCUUCAGUAACCACAUCUCCAACCGCGUAAAGGACCUGUUCAGCAUAGACCCGCGCACCGGGCGCAUCGAGGUGCGCGGAGAGGUGGAUUUCGAGGAGAGCAGCCUGUAUCAGAUCUUCGUCCAGGCCAAGGAUCUGGGGCCAAACGCCGUGCCCGCGCACUGCAAAGUGCUGGUCAAAGUCACCGACGUGAAUGACAAUGCACCGGAGAUCACCUUCAGCACCGUCACCGAAUCCGUGAGCGAAAAGGCGGCUCCCGGAACCGUGAUCGCGCUGCUGAGUGUGACUGACCGGGACGCAGAGGAGAACGGACAGAUCCAUGUGGAAAUCCUCGGUGAUGUCCCGUUCAAAUUAAAAUCUUCCUUCAGGAAUUAUUUCACCAUAGUGACCGACGGGCCGUUGAACCGGGAGCAGGUGGACUCCUACUCCGUGACUGUGGUCGCGCGGGAUAAGGGGACGCCCUCGCUCGCCACCAGUAAGUCCAUCCGAGUCCAGGUGUCUGAUGAGAACGACAAUGCGCCCACAUUCACGCAGCCCAUAUAUGAUGUGUAUGUGACAGAGAAUAACGUGCCAGGGGCGUACAUACACGCUGUGACGGCUCUGGACCCGGACAUCGGGCAGAAUGCGCUCAUCAGCUACUCCAUAUUAGAGUGUGACAUCCAGGGGAUGUCAGUCAAAACCUAUGUGUCAAUCAAUGAGGAGACUGGCUAUCUGUAUGCACUCAGGUCAUUUGACUAUGAGCAGCUGAAGGAUUUCACUUUCAUGGUCCAGGCCAGAGACGCGGGCACCCCAGAGCUCUCCACCAAUGCCACAGUCAAAGUCAUCAUCGUGGACCAAAAUGACAACGCCCCCGUGGUGUUGGCCCCCCUGGGGAAGAAUGGCACAGCCAGGGAGCCCCUACCCCGUUCAGCCGAGCCUGGCUACCUGGUGACCCGCAUCGUGGCUAUGGAUUCAGAUGAUGGUGAGAAUGCACGGCUGUCCUACAGCAUCCAGAGGGGAAACGAGAAUGGCAUGUUCAGAAUGGACUGGAGGACCGGUGAGCUCCGGACAGCGAGGCGGGUGUCAGCCAAGAGAGACCCCCACCAGCUAUAUGACCUGCUGAUCGAGGUGAGAGACCAUGGCCAGCCGCCGCUGUCCUCCAGUGCCAGCGUGCUGGUGAUGCUGGUGGACAGCGUGGCUGAAGGCCACGGCAGCGGGGACCGAGGCGGCGCCGCCAAGGCCAAAGAUGGCACCCUGGACCUCACGCUGAUCCUCAUCAUUGCCCUGGGCUCUGUGUCUUUCAUCUUCCUCCUGGUUAUGAUUGUGCUGGCUGUGCGUUGCCAGAAGGACAAAAAGCUCAACAUUUACACCUGCCUGACUAGUGACUGCUGCCUGGGCUGCAGCCCCUGCUGCUCGCAGCAGGGCCGGGCCCGCAAGAAAAAGCUCAGCAAGUCAGAUAUCAUGCUGGUGCAAAGCGCUGUUAACGUGAGUGGAGCCGGUACAGCUCAAGUCCCCGUGGAGGAGUCAGGGAGCUUCGGCUCCCACCACCAAAACCAGAACUAUUGCUACCAGGUAUGUCUGACUCCAGAGUCGGCCAAAACCGACCUCAUGUUCCUAAAGCCGUGUAGUCCGUCUAGGAGCACAGACACCGAUCACAACCCGUGCGGGGCCAUAGUGACAGGGUACACAGACCAGCAGCCUGACAUCAUAUCAAACGGCAGCAUUUUAUCAAACGAGACCAAACACCAACGAGCGGAGCUCAGCUACCUGGUUGACAGGCCGAGACGUGUCAACAGUUCGGCGUUCCAGGAGGCUGACCUGGUUAGCUCCAAAGACAGUGGCCACGGGGACAGCGAACAAGGAGACAGCGACCACGACGCCACCAAUCGAGGCCAUUCCUCUGGUGCCGAUCUGUUCUCCAACUGCACGGAGGAGUGCAAGGCCCUGGGCCACUCCGAUCGCUGCUGGAUGCCGAGCUUCAUGCCCUCCGACGGGCGCCAGGGUCUGGACUACCGCAGCAACCUCCACGUGCCUGGCAUGGACUCUGUUCCGGACACAGAGGUAUUUGAAAGCCCAGAGCAAACGAGCGAUAAGUCAUUCUCCACUUUUGGCAAAGAGAUGCCUCUCAGUCAUCACCACCAACACCUCCACCACCAUCAAAACCUCCACCACCACCACCUUCUUCAAAACCAUCACCUCAGCCACCACCACCAGAGCUCCCUAGAGAGGAAAGAGUUGGAAGCAUUUCUGCCUAGCUCCAGAUCACCUUGUAACCCAGCUUAUUUAACGAGGAAAAGGGUUUGCUAGCUCCUUUCGCGUGGACAUCUCGGAAACCGCGUGACUUUGCACAAUCACUCCCCGACAACCAAGGCUAUAAAAAAAAAAAAAACAAAACAAAACAAAAAAAGAACAAAGAAGCAUAAAUUUUCAGUCCAUUGUUGCCCUCCUCCCUCUCCCUCCUCACCCAGCGGAAAAAACAAAAACAAAAUAAAAAUAAAAAACACUCACGACUACACACAAAAUGAGAAACACCCCCUCCUUAAGGAACUAAGAGUUCCCUCUCCUUUCUGGAAUUCCUUGGAUCACUGCCGGGCUUUGGAGGCACCCCUCCCUCGGGAUUAGGAGACUGUUGGACACUGGAGAGGGGGAGAGGGGGAGAGGGGGUGGGAUGGACGGGUGCAGGCAGGUAAGAUGGAUAGCCUUAUUGGGAGGACCCCAUUGUGUCUCAGCAGGACUGAGAAACUCAACAGAGGAGGAGGGGGAAGGACAGUGAUGACGGGGAGAUAAAACCCGGUUUCACCGAUCUCUCCGAUCCUUUUCCAAUCUGCGUGUGCCUGUUUACAGCGCUGACGUAUACGUACGUCUCUGAGGACGAUCAAAACCCACGGGCCAGGACUUGAUACGUGUGCGGGAGACGAACUGAAACGAGAGCGGCCCAGAGAAACCGCCACUGAGCCCUUUAGGCAUUUGUACUCGCAGAGAGACGCCAAAUUGUACAGGAGAAUCUUUGUGCAUUUCAAAAUGCAAUACCACAGUUUUAGAUUUUUCUAUUCUGUUUAUGUGGUCAGGUGUCUCUAUUCUGAUCUACUUCAAACUUUGUAAGAAAAGAGUGUGGGCAGGAAUGUUUCUUUUUUUUUAAAUUCUGAGUUCUUUUCAUUUUUUAUUCUUUUUUUUUCUUUGGAUUUGGUUUGUUCACCAUAUCGUGGGCUUGGACCGUGUUUGGCCUGCACUUUUCUGAUUCCGAGGCGUCGAGUAGUUUCUAUCAUGUGUGAGAAGUGUUUACUGUACUCUUUUAAAAAGUUUCAAGCUGAAUAUAAAACUCUAUAUAUAAAUCCAUCUAUAUCUACUUGUUCUGAAGGCGUGUUGAUCCAUUUGCUAGGUUCCACAUUCUGAUUCAGAGGUUUGACUCUUGUUUAAGUAUUGACUCCCCCCCACCCCCACCCCCAACAAGGAAGGCUUCUUGUUUUCCCAGUGGGAGACAUUAAGAGAGACAGAAUGGCUUUGGCUGAUGUAAACCUCAAAACAAGUUCUCAUUU